CUCGGGCGUCUCCCGCCUGCAGCCUUUCUCCUCUCCUCGCUCCGGGAGAUGGGCGUCUGGGGGCCUCGGCUGCGGAGAACCGUGCGUGGCCAGCCCUCCUCCUCCUCUUCCUCCGCCUCCCACCCUGCAGCCCACUGACCCGCUGGCUGGCCUGCCCCCGGCGGCGGCGAUGAAAUUCCCGGUCUCCGUCCUCGUCUCGCUCUUCCUCUUCGUGGCCGAGACGGUGACCGCCUUGUACCUCAGCAGCACCUAUCGCUCGGCGGGAGACCGCAUUUGGCAGUCGCUGACGCUGCUCUUCUCCCUCCUGCCCUGCGUCUUGGUCCAGUUCAGCCUCGUCUUCAUCCACCGCGACCUCAGCAGGGACAGGCCACUAGUCCUGCUCCUCCACAUCCUGCAGCUGGGACCCAUUGUCAGGUGCGUGGAAGUGUUUUACAUUUACUUUCAUGCAGGCAGAAUAGAAGAGCCUUAUGUCAGCAUCACGAAGAAGAGGCAGAUGCCAAAAGAUGGACAUUCAGAAGAAGUUGAGAAGGAAGUUGGCCAGGCUGAGGGCAAGCUGUUUACACACAGAUCUGCAUUUAGUCGGGCAUCAGUGAUCCAGGCUUUCUUGGGCUCGGCACCUCAGCUGACACUUCAACUGUACAUAUGUGUCUUGCAGCAGGAGAUCACAGCAACUAGAAGUAUCUUCAUGGCUCUUUCUCUCCUAUCGAUUGUAUAUGGAGCGCUGCGAUGCAACAUCCUGGCCAUUAAGAUUAACUAUGAUGAUUACGAUGUCAGCGUGAAACCUGCAGCCUACCUCUGCAUCUUCCUUUGGAGAAGCUUUGAGAUUGCUUCUAGGGUUAUAGUCCUUGUCCUCUUCAGCUCAGUCCUUCAAAUCUGGAUCCUCCCUGUGGUGCUUGUGAAUUUCUUUGCUUUUUUCUUUCACCCAUGGAUUCUCUUCUGGCAAAGUAAGUGUACUUUGCCAGAAAAUAUAGAGAAGGCUUUGAGCAAAGUGGGCACCACCAUUGUCUUAUGCCUUCUCACUUUCCUGUAUGCUGGUAUUAAUAUGUUUUGUUGGUCAGCUGUGCAGCUGAAGUUGAAUGAUUCUGACUUAAUUGACAAAUCCCAAAACUGGUACAGACUGUCUUUAUAUUACAUACUGAGGUUCCUUGAGAAUGCUUUUCUCUUGCUAAUGUGGUAUAUGUACAAGACCGAUGUCUACACGUAUGUGUGUGCCCCUUUGCUGGUCUUACAGCUGCUGAUUGGCUACUGCAUAGCUGUUCUUUUUAUGCUCGUGUUCUACCAGUUUUGCCACCCGUGCAAAAAGCUUUUUUCCUCCAAUAUUUCAGAAGGAUUGGUACUGUGUUUAAAGUUCUUUUGCUAUGUCUGCAAACCUUUAACAUCAGGCUCACCGGUGGAAAAGGCAGACUUGAAGACUGCAGAUGAUACUGAUAACGAUGCACGGGACAGUUACAAGGCAAAUGAAUCCAAUAAUGGAAAUGCCCAGCAAAGUGUCUCUUCCAAUGCCUAGAGCAGGUAUCUGAUGUUGAGAAGCCACAGAUCACUCCCCCCAAUACCUCCCUUGCUCAUCUUGUUGAUGAAACUAGGUAUAUGCCUAGAUGUAUAUGUCUCUUUGGAUCAGAAGGGGGAAACUUUUUUUGGUUCAAGGGCCACUUUCUUUUCUGGACAACACCCCAGUGGCGGGUGGGACCAGAGGCAAAAGUGGGCAGCCCAACAGCUGUCAGUUUUACCUUUGUAGAGUAGGCUAGUUUCUACGCACACUCUCUCUCAUCCCUUCUCUAUCCCCCAUUCAGGUAAGCAAGAGGCAUUAUCAGAGUUCAAAGGCACAUUCCAGUCAGGCAAAAACAUUCCAUGUGGGUGUGGCUGAGGAGGGGGUGUGGCCUGAGGAGAAUCCUGAGGCCUGGAGAUAGAGAGGCCAGAUAGAAAGGCCUGGAGGCCCACAUAUUGCCUUGGCCUGAGGUUCCCCACCCCGGUUUUGGAUGGUUGUAGGUUUAUACUACCCGGUACUUUUGCAUGGAAGUGGUUUCUCUAAUUAUCCCUUUGACAAUCAUGGUAGGAGGCAUGUUUUAGGUCUGAGCAUUGCAAUACUACUUUGGUUGUUCAGUGAAUGCGAAGAUAAUUGGAAUGUUGAUCAGUAGAAACAGGUGGCAUCCCUUCUGGACGAUAUGCUUCACUUUAGAUCAGGGAUUCAUAAACUUUGUCGCAGUGGGCCUCCCCACUUUAUGAAUGAAAAGGCAAAGCAACGACAAAGUGGCUGACUUGAAGAACUUGUUAUUUCAUGCAAGGAUCAAAAUUGAUCAAUGGAAAAGGGAGGGAGCAAAACCUCAUGGGUUAAUGAUGUGCUUUGAAGCUUUAUAUAGACUGGGUUCCCGCCCCCCCCAACACCAAGUAUAUUGCCUAUGACAUGAUCUCAUCCUGACUGCCUGGAUUGCAACUUCUGAAUCCGGAACAGAAUGUGAAAAAAGAACUUAGGUGCUAAUUCAGGCCUUUGGCACUAUCCUGUCAAAUUUUCCUUUGAAGUGCCACAAAUGUUGACUCUCCAAAAGGCAGCUUAAAGACUUGGUUUUUAGGUUUGAUUUUGUUGUUGUAUUUUGAUUGUCUCCAUCAAUUACAUUUCUGCUUUGUACAGCUCUAAGAAAGCUUGGGCAAAUGGGUACAUUUACUAGCAGCAGCUAAAGAAAUUUCUAGUAUUUUCAAUGUCUUGCUAUUUUAUAUACACAUUUCAGAUGUUUCCAUUAAGUCAGACCUACUGAUAUUAGUGAAAGUGAAAGAAAAUACUUUGUUAGAAUUAUAUUAAAGUGAAGUUAGGUCCUUAAAACAAGGCCAGGAUGGCAUGGUGCAUUUGGAUUUUCAGUUACAACAGCAUGGAAGAACCUGGUCCAAAUUCCAGAUAGCUGCAAAUACCAUUAGGUGGGCUUUGAACAAGUCAUUAUCUUUGGCUGUGUACUACUUUUGCAUCUCACCCUCAAGUACCUCAAAGUGGUGAUUUGCAGUUCAAUCCUGUGCAUGUUUACUCAGAAGUAAGGCUUACUGAGUCCAAUGAGGCUCACUCCCAAGAGAAGAUUGUGGUUGUAGCCUCCCAACAACCUUAGUUGGUGCCAGGUGGGGUCAUCCUUCCAUGCCUCCAGUUUUUAUUGGAAUGUGCAUAAGAAGCGCUGGCUUCAGCCUCGUCCUCAGGAUUGUGCCACCAUAAUUGUCUGAGUGUGCUUGUACAAUCCAGCCAUGUAGCUGCAGGACCAGGAGGCAAGGAUCAGUGCACCUUAGCAUGACAUAUGUGUAUCUUUAUCUUUUUAAAUAAAAUAUAAUACUGUUACCUUAUCUGUGCACAUGUAGCCUACUCCCCUCCCCCUUAACAUUAUUAUUUUAAAAACUGGUGUUAUUGUUUUAGAUAUGGAAGGCUGAUUUCUUCUCAGAAUAAAAUCAUUAAUCUCUGGAGAGAAGAUGCUGUAUGUACAUUUGUAAUUAAUCACAUUUGGGGUUUGUGUUUCGAGGGGAAGGAAUUACUUUGAGCACGGAAUGUUAAGGUAAGCGUGAGGAAGAAGUUGAAGGGAACAUGGAAUGACGGUGGUGUUACUUAUUUUCUCUAUUUGUACUUAUAGCUGGUCCUUCAUCAGAAGUCUCAGGGUGGGUUGCAAAAAUGUCACAAUUGGAAUAGAUGCAAAUUAUAUUAAAAAAAUAAAGGAAAACCACAUAACUAGCCCAUAUCAAAACAGCAGUGCAGAUCAGUGAUGCAGAAGGAGGGAAGACAUCUAAAGGCCUAGGUACAGAGAUGCACCUUAACCAAUAGUUGAAAAGCAUAUAGUACAAUCAUGACACAGAUGCACUUCAGAGGGAAUGUCAUGCCAUCUCAUAUACCACCAACCCCUCAAACCACAGAGGAAGAUGGCGAGAUGGCAGUACCAACAGGGCUUUCCUGUUGUCCCCCCCCCCCCGGCAGGUUGCUCCUUCCUAUAUUUGGGGUCAACAUUAUUUAGGGCUUUAUGUAUCUGUGUUAACACCUUAAAUAGGGCUUGUUAGCAAAUUGGCCAUGAAUUUUGUCAGUUGGGAAAGGGAAACAGU